AUGGCAUCGAAUACUGUAAAUAAAGACUUGUUACGUUCGAUUCCAUAUACACAUUCGACGUCACCGGCUAUGAUCAAUAAUAAACAUAAAACCAAUUCGUUUUUAUUAUCGUGUUGUACGUGUUCUCGCGCUUAUAAAAAAACAUUUCAUGUGGAUCAUUCGAUACAAGCAGCGACGAAUACAGAAGAUGCAAAACCCGAUGUACACACGGGAUUUUUCGAACGAAUUCGAUGUUUUAAAGCGCAAAAAAGACAAAGCACCGCUCGUAAACAACAGUUGGCAGCAGUGGCUGCUGCCGCGUCACGUACAGGCAUGUCAAAAGGUCAAAUUCGACUUGAAAAUGAGACCUUAUUCAAUGAGAAUGACGAUCAAUCUUCAACACUAAGUCCUCCAUCAUCAUGUCAACAUGGAAAUGAGCUUUUUCGCAAUCCGUACACACACCGACCCAUACGUAAUUCACAGUCGAAUCCAUUGCUUAAUCGAUACGACAAUAUCACUACACGUUUAACAUCUAUACCACACGGUAUUGGCGGUUUAAAUAAUGGUCUAGAUUCGUAUUCGUUUACCGAUAUCGAAGUCGCAUCAUCCAUCACCGAUGAUGCUCAAAGCCGGCAAAAGUCGUACCAGAAACCGAUUACAACCAAUGAUCAAUCAAUGUCUAUCGAUAUCGAUCGUCAACAAGAUGAUGACUUGCAAACAGCAACACCGAAAAGUUUUACUUCGCGAGACUUUUCAUCUGGAACAACAAAUCUAUCUGCUUAUUCCACUCAAAGUCUACUUCGACGAUUAAUUGACAAAGCUCAAGUCUUGAAUGAAUACUACAAUGAUGUUUGUAAUAAAGCACCGCAUCAACGCUCAUCAUCAUCUUCAACGAAACGUUCGUCAUCAACAUCGACAAAUUCUCUACUUGGACGAGCAGGUGCUACGCCACGGACAUUUCUCCAUGGUCAUCAUUCUAACGAAUCAAGUAGAAAAGGGCGUCGCAAGCAACGUAGUCUUUAUGAUAAUAUGUCAACAGAUAGUUCAAGAUUUAAUUUGUAUGCUGAUGAAGAUAAUGUACUUAAAGAAUUAGUUCGUUUCAAUAAUGAUAUUGAUCUAAUUUUGUCACGUCUUGAAAUGGAAAAUGGAAAUGGUCCGUCAAUAAAUCCUUCGGCGGAGCACAACUAUCGACGAGAUUCAACGAGCACUCAAGCGUUAUUAGAUGAUAAUGAUCAAGGAAGCACCAUCUCGAAAUUAGAUGAUUUAAAAAAUCUUAUUCAACAAACAACGAUCUAUCCAAGUGAUGAUUCUGGCCUUGCUGCUAGUCCACAAAUUGAUGAUCGAAAAAGUUCUAAUCACACUGGUAGCGAUUGUUCAGCAAGUAAAUUCUCGAUAAAUAACACCACCGAUGAGUGUUGUACUAUCAACAGAGACGAAACUGAUCAGACAAAUCCUCAAUCAAACGAAGUAAUAACAAUGCGAACAAAUACAAACGAAAUUAAUAUUCAUCUUCUGUUAUCAAACGACAUAAAUCGUUUAAGAGAAGCAGCCUUGUCAAAACUAUUGAAAUUAACCCAACAAAAUUGUACCCAUGAUAGUAUGCAUAACCAUGAUACGAUAACUUUAGCCAAAUUGAAUAAACUGCCCAAACCAACAACAUGGAAAGGCAAACGUGUGUUUGGUGUUCCUCUUCGUAUAUAUCAACAAACCACAGGCCAAAUUCUUCCUGUGGCGAUUACAAAUGCACUACAAUAUGUCCGUAUGAACGCUGGUAAAUGUGAAGGAUUAUUUCGUAAGCCAGGUGUCAAAUCUAAAAUUGACCGUUUACGUUCGCAAAUCGAGGCCAUCGAUGAUCUUCACAGUGAAUCAUCAUUAGAAGCAAUUAAAUUUGACGAAUAUCAACCAUUUGUUGUUGCUGAUGUCAUUCGACAGUAUUUUCGCGAAUUACCUGAAUGUCUUAUACCACCAUCAAUAACACGUCUACUAUGUGAUUUAAUAAAAUGUGCAACACAAGAAGAACAAUUAUUAGCCAUACGUUACGCUUUUCUAUUAUUACCGGAUGAGACUCGUGAUGUAUUGGAAACCAUCCUUCGAUUUCUACUUGAUGUUUCUAUCCGAUCUGGUAAUAGUCAGAUAACUUGCCGUAGUUUAGCACGUAUAUUUGUCCCAUCUGUUUUUCAAUCUUAUCAUGAUAUGCAUAAUACAUCAUCAAAAGUUCUUUGGUGGAAAUGGAAGAAAGAUAAAUUAGAUGCAAUACAACAAGAAAGUGAACGUUUAACACUUGAACUAUGCCUAAUGACAAUGAUACUUAACGUUGAUUUACUUUGCCGAGUUCCUAGUUCGCUUUCUGACGAACUUAAAUUGCCCACAUUAAGAAAAACCAAACAUCUCGAUGAUCUUGUUCGCAGCGCAUGCAACGGCGAAUUUCAUAUGAAAAAAUAUAUUACAAAAGACAGUGAACAAUUUCUUCAACGCUUAUCCAAUACAAAAUUCAAACAUGUUCAAACCAAUCUGAAUGGCGUGGAUUUAUCCAUACAUAAACCAACACUAACAAAUUGUGAUAAAGAUGAGAUAACUUUACCCACAUGGAAAUGCUCGAUCGAUAUUCCCAAUAGCAAUGUGAAACAAGUGUGUCAAAGAAUUCAACAUGAAAGAUAUUUGUGGGACAACCAUUUUGCUGAAAGUCGAACAGUGGAGAAAAUCGAUGAUGAUAAAGAAAUUGUGCAAUAUGUACUUAAUUUCCUUGAUCUUGUACCCGUUCGAUCAUUUUGUGAAUUUCGUUUUUCAAAGAAAAUCACUUCACGUUCGCUCUCAGAUACAACUGCAAUGCUGAUCGGUGCGGUGUCUAUUGACCAUUUACAAAAUCACUUCUUACCAGGUAGUAUUGGUAUAACAAAAGACAUGCAUUAUUACAUUACACCAUCAGCAACACAACCUGGACAUACAACAGUUACUCAAGUAGCAUGUGUUGAUUUUAGUGGACGAUCGUCGCAAUGGUAUGAAAAUGUUUUUGGUUAUCUAUUAGCAAAUAAUCUUCUAUCAUUACGAGAUACAUUCACAAAUUCAAAGAUAGUGAAAGUCUAA